UUACAGAAAACCGCGAGGGACCAAUGCGCGGCGCUGCUCUCCAUCUCACACACACGAGGGCACAGACUCUAUACGCCAUGCUAUAAAAUACUCCUAUUUCCUGAGAAACACGGCAGCGGUCGGUAGUCAUUGGACGACGUCUGGAUAAAAUCGCUAUUCGUGGACUUGCCCAUUGGGCUCGUGGGGCGCUCACACGCGCGCGUCGGUUCGAGCAUGCACAGCGGGUGUGAUCUUGCGUUUCCAUCUCCACCUCCUCCCGGAGCCGACACGGAUAGGCGUUUCGUCAUGUGUAAAGAGACAGUUUUACCGCAAUGCUAUUCCAAUAGCUCUCCAGUUCCGCACGAGAGCCACUGACCCGCGUCAAGAGAAAGGGAAGUCCAUGCGCAUUCACGCGUUCAUCUGGAGUCGACUAAGCGGAAUAGGAGCAGGUGGGCACUUUCUGGACCUCCUCACUCUCAUCUCUGAUGUUAAUGGACUCAUAUGUUGAUUAGAACGUAACUGCGGGCUCUUGGGUUUGGUAGAGGACUCCGUAUGCGCGUUUGUUACUCAGGGUGAAAGUGUGCUUCUUCAGAACAUAGUUUGGUGGAGUCCUUCAUCAUGAAUACAGAUAGCGGAGGAUGUGCUCGUAAGUGUUCGUCAUUGUCUCUCACUCUUUGGCCGGUGAAGAGGGUGCAGAGUUCACCUAAUUUGUACACUACUACAGGUAGCGAAUCUCAGUCAUCAGAUUCAGAUCCCUGGCGUUCGCACAGUGUGUCCGAGGGGUUAAGGAAUGGAGAUGCCAGUAGCUCGUCCCUGAGUGCCAAAGGUUUCCGUAGUGUUAAACCCAAUCUGCAAGACAAGAAAUCACCCACAGUGGUUCCCCUACCACCUCCUCGGAGAGAGAGCUAUCACACGACUCCUAACCCUCCCUCUUAUAGCUCCCUCUCAAUGCUCUCAGACACCCCCCUUUCUCUCCCACACAGUGAUGAUGCCGUUACCAAAGGCACUAUUAAAUCGAGUGCCACCUCUUCAUACUCUUACUCCAAGAGCACCCGAACUUCCACUAUGACAUCGGGAGCCCCCCUCGAGGAGCCCCCCUUCUCCCAGCAGGCCACUGCUAACAGUUUUAUCACUCGGGUUCUAGAGGGCAGAUUGUCCUCAACCAAAUUCCCUUCUGACAACCUGAACGCAGAAUCGCAGGCGAAUCCAAACAAGACCAAUAGUAGUAAUCCCAACCCCAAAUCUCCACCACAGCACGACUCCACUUUAGAUACACACGUAGCCUCUCUAUCCAUCCAGUUAACUCCCCGCAGCCCAGAACCAAAACCAGAGACCCAGUCAGGGCCUAAGACUGAAUCCAGGAGAAACGCACUGGACAUGGCAGACCCGACAUCACCCCCUGUUGUACCACCAAGACCAACGGGCAUUGUGGUGCGUGAGUUUUCCCCAGUUAGAGGGGGCACCAGACCAUUCACCUCUGGACCACCCUCCCCAGACCCAGCGGCUCGUCGUUCACCGUAUAGCCGGGCCAGUCAGGACUCUCCCGACUUCCUGUCUGGGCUAUUGCCCAAAGCCCUCUCGCCUACGCCCUACACCCCUCUGGAACGUUCCGGACUCAUGUCGGCCUCUCCAAUCGCAUCACCAGUGACUGUAUCAGCGCUGAGUCAUUAUUCAUCUUCCACCGUCGGCUUGGAGGAGCUGCAGAUCUGCGGCUUGGACUCCUCCCCCACAACCACACCCACCCCGUCCCCCACACUCAGCCAUGCCUCCAAUGCCCCCGACGAGGUUCCCGACCCUACCGCCCCAUCAGCUGCCACGGGCACUAACGGUCAGAUGACAAUGAACGGCAGCUCUCAGUCUCAAAGACCCUUCUCUCCACCUGCAUACCCCCCUCCUCCACCAACCUUCAGCCCAGGCCUGGUAAAGGUCCAGCAGGGUAGGAGCUCAGAGGGUUCAGAGACAAUGAGGAGAGAGACUGUAGUCUCUGGUCAGACAGUGGUCAGUAGCUCUGUGCCCAUUGCCCGUUUCUCAGAGGAAGAGAAGAAGGUGUCAAUCAUAAAGGCUCCCCAUUACGAAGGCAUUGGACCAGUGGAUGAGUCAGGCAUUCCCAUUGCUAUCCGCACAACUGUGGACAGACCCAAGGACUGGUACAAGACCAUGUUCAAACAGAUCCACAUGGUUCAUAAAGCAGAUGAUGACUAUGCAGACACAUAUAAUGCCACAUAUGCUGUCAUAAACAACGACAACUACCCUGCUGUCCAUGCUCACCCGCCACCUCGAACACACACCUACCGGCCUCUCUCCAGAAAUGCCUCAAACCCACCAGAUGAUGCCACCCAUCGGGAGCUCUCACAGUCACCGGUGCCCCCGCCGCCUCCUCCGAUGCCCUCUCUCCUCCAGCUCCGCUCACGAGACAUGGACAGGGACAGAGAGUUCUCACAUGACCCAAAUGAAUGGGGUCCAAUGGAUCGCAAAGUGGACACGCGUAAAUACAGGGCGGAACCACGGAGCAUCUUUGAGUAUGAGCCUGGAAAAUCAUCCAUUCUUGAGCAGGAGAGACCUGGGUUUGAUUUAAACCCAGAUGACAUAGAUUUAGAGAACGAGCCUUGGUUUAAAUUCUUUUCCGAACUGGAGUUUGGACGGCCGCCUCCUAAAAAGAGGUUGGAUUAUAAUCCUGACUACACCACACAUGCUGUGGCACAGUCAUCACUUUAUCUUUCACCUUCUGAACGGCCUGAGAGGCCUUCAAGUUCUGCAAGCGACUACAGGAAAAGACGAAAGUCCGAGCCAUCUGUCACUCAAGCCAACACCAAAAGUGAGCAGAAUGCCCGUCCAGUGGACUCCCACAAAGCACAGUCACUAAAGAAGCCCACCAUACGCUCAUCCCCCUCAUCACCAUCUAAAGCCAAAGCUGGAGACACUACAGAUUCGCUCUCUUCCUGUAUGAGCUCUCCAGGUAUGGAGCGUCUCUCCACAGAUUCCCUCUCUCUCUCCACGCCAACCUGGCGUGGCUCCAAACGCUCCAUCUGCUUCAAGAACGGCUGGCAAACAAGCGGACACGAAACUGCUGAGACUUGGAGCAGUGCUGACGAAGAAUCUGCCGCGACCCCUACGUCACCACGGCUGAAAUCACGCAGCUGUGAUGAUUUGCUGUCUGAUGGACAUGGCGCUAGUAAUGAUGGGAGAACGUUGAAUUCUGUGACUUCCAUUCGCACUGAGAGCACAGGUUCAUUGCUUGAUGAAGAUGUCAUGCAACCGCCUCAAGUAAAAAGUCUGACCUCAUCCCCCAGGGGUCGCCGACAUCACAGACGUAAGAUGCCCCACGAUGCCCCUGGUUUCCUUCAGCUUUACAAAACGAUGCACCACAUUGACCGUGAGCAGCUCUUACCCUCAGACGUGAUUCGUUCUGUACGUGCACGAAUCCUUGAGUUGGAACGGCAACAGCAGCAGCAAAGGCACAGCCUCCAUGGCUGGGCAUCUUUAGGUCAGGAGGUGCCACGACAAAUGGUACCCAACCGGAUAUCGGAGUAUGAGCAGCUCAUCCAGAAAUCAAAGUCCAUGCCAGACCUUGGUGAUGACACUGUCCCUUCAGGCACCACAACUCCAGGGUCCUCAAGGGCCAGCAGUUGUCCCAAGCGACGUUUUUCCGUUGAAUCACUUUUGGAAGAGGACGACAGUCCAGAUAAGGCACGGAGUCCCCCAGAGGGACAGCCACGAACAGGACCAGACAGCAAUAACCUGGUGCCAGUUCAUGAAAAGAACCAACGACAUCAAGAUUACUCGGACAGCGAGCAGGAUGCGUGUGCUUCCGAAAUAAGCGACAUCCAAAUAGAAGGAUCAUCGUUGUGCAGUGAGAGCGACCUCGAUCAUUGCUCGCUCACCUCAUCUGAGAGCUUCUAUGCUCAUCAUGGGCAUCAUCACCACGGACACCGUUUCCACCGACACCAUCACGUGCACCAGAGCUUGGGUCAGAGUCAAGGUUACCAACAUCGCCACCUCAUCAGCUCCUGUAAGGGUCGCUGUCCAGCCUCGUAUACACGAUUUACUACCAUGUUAAAGCAUGAACGCCAACAAGAAAGGGCUCGGCAAGACUCCCGCCCUGUUACACCUCCACCAGGCCAGCAGUCGCAAGGUGAGUCAGGCCUUUCCAAACUUGCCUUCCUGGUCAGCCCCGUGCCUUUCCGCCGAAAACGAGGCUCCCCACCCACCCAUCGGCGACACUGCAGAGGUGGGGGGUCAAAAUCCAAAGCCGCCAUUUAUGAGGCUUUAGAUGCUGCAUUGCAGGACAUUUAUGAUCACAUAAGGGCAGAAAAGGGGCAAGGGGCAGCAAGGUUGCCAGAUGAUAGCAUACUGCGCCGGCUACUAGAGGAAUUGCUACCAGACGUCCCCAAGCGUAGCUCUUCAUUGCGGGUUCAGAGAGGGUCCGGCUCCCCCUCCUCCUCCCACAUCCACCAGCCUUACCAUGGAGCCCACCAAUGUGCCUCCUAUCAACAGCAACACCACCAUGCAGACGCCUCCAACAACAACCAGCACUCUAAUGCUAAUGCUAAUGCGCACUGCUACUCAGAUCAGGGGUCUGACACGGGCCGUCUUACACCACAAAGCAGAAAACUCACACCGGAAAGAGAGAAACAGUCUGCCAGGGCUAUUUAUGAUUUUAAAGCCCAGUCUGCCAAGGAACUUUCUUUUAAGAAAGGAGAUGCAGUCAAUAUCAUCAGACAGAUCGACAGUAACUGGUUCGAGGGGGAACACAAAGGACGGAUUGGGAUUUUCCCCAUCUCAUAUGUAGAGAAGGUUGCAUCUCCAGAGAGGAGGCAGCCUGUCAGACCUCCUCCCCCUGCUCAGGUUAGAGAAAUGGGAGAGGCCAUAGCUCGAUACAACUUCAAUGCUGACACUACAGUGGAGCUUUCUCUUAGAAAGGGUGAACGGGUGAUCCUCUUGAGGAAGGUUGAUCAAAAUUGGUAUGAAGGGAAAAUUCCUGGCUCAAACAGGCAGGGUAUUUUUCCAGUGUCUUACGUCGACGUGAUCAAGGGCUCCCCAUCCAAGAGCCCCAGUCACCAAGGAGACGCGCACACAUACAGGGCACAGAAGCAUGACACAGACUCCUCCCCCCAGUUGCUGUGGUUCGAUUAUGCCACUAGGACCCACCUCCGAGCAGUCACUAGCGAAUGGCUAUCCCUCACACUGGGUGUCUCCACCACUUACCCAUCGUCUUCUUGUGGCAGUCCAGUCCCACCCACCCCUCCUCCCUUACCAGUCAGCCUACACUGCACAAGCCCCCAACCUCCUACUCCACCUGUGAGAAAAUUCACCCCAUCACCACAAAACCCCUCCUCAAAGUCCUCCCCCAUACCCAUACAAAGACCAAUCAUAGACUCCUCAAAUAUUUCUCUAUAUUCCCAUGAACAUCCCUAUGGGCAUAGAAUGAAAUCACUAGAUUUCGGUUUACCUCAGAAACUGAUCUCAGACCAUAACCUGGAGCUGUUCAGACCAGUACAAAAAGUGCCUGGUGGUAAAAGCUUGAUGCAAAACUAUGACCCAUCAAGCCUUAUAACCACACCUGAUCCAUAUGACCAGCUCAUGUUUUUAAGACGUCAGCUUUACAAUGAACUUGAAGUCAGACUGGCUAACCAAUCAGCGAGCAUAGGUUAUCGAGAGGUGUUACCGGAUUGGUCAAAGUCUGAGUCCAUCAGUACAAACCAAGAAGCAAAUAUAGCAGAUAAAGGUCAUGAGAUCUGCGAGAAAAAGACUGAGGAGAAGUUCUCAGUUGUUUCGGGUAACAAGUCAAACUUUCACAGCCCUAUAACUGAUAUUAAAUGGGAGGGAAUUCCUGAGUUGUUCAUAAAGGAAGAAGAUGAUGAAAUAAUCAACAGAUCAGGCUUGGAUGCUGUAUCAAAAAAAGAGGCUGACUCCUCAUCUGUUGCACAGUGCAGCACCUCCUCCUUCAUUACUUCAUCACUCCCCUUCACCUCCUCCCCCUUUACCACUCAAAAUGUCUCACUUUCUCUUUACUCCACUAGCUUUUCUCCUCCUCAUAUUAAAUCAUCCAACUCGACUGUUCACCCCUCACCUCUGUCGGCUGUUAAACCCAUUCCAUGCGUGUCACCUCCACCCACACUUUCUUUGAUACCCUCUUCUUUCUCUGUCCUUCCAUCUUCCUCUUUGUCUUCCCCUUCAAACUCUCCUCUCCCUCCAUUAUCUGUCUCCUCUCCCCCUCCUUCACCUCCACCUUUCACUCCAAUCCCUUCAUCUUCUCCUCCUUCGCCUCCUGCAUUGAAAGAAUCUCCACUAUCGGCACCAUCUUUCCCAUCUUCCUUACCAGUGUGUUCUCCUCUGUCAUCUUCACCUCCUAUUUCUCAAUGCCCCUCAUCUUCAUCUCCUCUGUCCUCUCCACCCCUCCUUCACUCUUCUAUCCAUCCUCAACAUUCCUCACCUCUACCCACAUCCACAAAUUUCUCCUCUCAAAUCCCAGCUUCCAACUGUCCAUCUUCUCCUCACUCAUCCCAUAUCCCUCCAUCUCCUCCUUCAUCUCCAAUUCCUUCUCAUCCUCCUCUUUAUUCUUCCAGCAAGCCUCGUCUACCAACCAUCCCCGCCUCCCCACCCUCCUCUCCCUCUCCUCCCCCUUCUCCUCCUCCUCCAUCUUUACCUCAGUCUUCCUCAGAUCUUACUCCAUCAUCUUCUUCUGCUCCUCUCUGCUCUGCUUCUUCCCCUUCCUCUGUCCCUCCUCAAACCUCUCCAUCCAUCCCACCAUCGUCUCCCUCUGUUCCUCCCCUCUCUCCUCGUUCACAGCCUCGUUCUCCUAAGAUCAAGACAGUUUAUAAGCAGGAAGGGGUGCUUGAUGGUAAGCCACCCCGUAGCCCCAUUUCCACCAGGAGGCGCUGUUUAUCUCCCAGUAUAUCACCCAGUAAAGUGCGGAGGAAAAUGAUGCAGGAUUCGUCGCAUGCAAGUGGUGACCCGUUUCAAGUUGUAUACAAUUACGUACCUCGUAAUGAGGAUGAGCUGGAGCUAAAGGAAGGGGACGUUGUUGAUGUCAUAGACAAAUGUGAUGAUGGCUGGUUUGUGGGUACGUCCCGAAGAACAAGGUUAUUUGGAACGUUCCCAGGAAACUACGUUAAACCGCUUUAACAAAUAGGAAACAAUGGCACAACUACGGCCACUCCAGUGCCUACUGUAAAGGGCCAACAAGGCACCUCACCUUUGAGAAAGUGUGUGUGUCCAUGUGUGUGUGUGUGUUCACAAACAAACUUUUCACAAAUAGUUCUGCCAAUUCUGCACAGACAAACCACUGAUGUUUGUUUUACUUUCAGCACUUUUGUUUUGUGCCAUUUCACAUUCUCUUCACUGAUCCUUCAUCUGCUAUUCUGACAACAGCACACUGAACGUUUUCAUGUUACUUAGGACUAUUUAGGUGAUAUUAAAGGAUGAUGUAACUCAAUUUAGAUGGUAAAGAUUCAGACAGCGAUGAAGAGGUCAGUAGAUCAGUAUACAUGUGACAGACCUCAGCCGUCAGUGUUAACCUGUUUGUGUGUGAAUGAGUGCGUAGAAUGUAGACUACAGUAGAUGAGUAUGGAUCAUGUGAUUAAAACGAAAAGUGGCAUCAUGGACACUGACUUGUGUAAAAUGGAGAGAGUUUGCUCCUGUUUGGCCAAACAAAUGAAGUGUUCGUGCUAAAAGAGGAUAUUUUACACAUUGUAUUAAUACUUUUGGUAACAAUCAUAACAAACUUUGCCAUACAGGUCGACUAAGUGGCAAUCAUUCAUAUAGGAUGAGUAUUUGUAUAAAUUGUUAUUUAAAGGUGCUGUGUGUAUAUUUUAGCGGCAUCUAGCUGUAAAAUUGUAAAAUGCAACCAAUGGCUCAGUACACAGCUCAAACCUCCAUGUGACUAACCGGUCAUCGUCGAAACAACAUAGUGACAAAACAUUUGUUUGUCCAUUUAGGGCUACUGUACAAAUAUGCCGGUGCAAAAUGGCCACUUCCAUGUAAGGGGACCCAUUGUGUAUGUACAUAAAAAUGCCUUAUUCAAAACCUAGGGUAAUAAAAACAUAACGGUUCACUAUUUAAGGUCUUUAUACACCACUGAUAACAUAGCUUUUUAUUAUAUAUAACAUUUCUGUCAAGAGAUCCUCCUAAAAGUUACACAGUGCACCUUUAAAGAACGGAAAUGAACAUUCUGAAGAAGAAAUGUGCUUUUUGAACUUAAAUGUUUGAUCAAUGAGCUUGUUUUCUAAUUUUUACUUCAAGUUUUUGAAUCAUAAACCAGGUGAGUUAGUCACCUGACUUUCCUAUGGUAAGAAAUCAUGUAAAUUAAGAUUAAAUGCUUGUAUAAGAAAUGAAUGGCAUUGUUUCAAUAACAAGGUGAACCUGCUACAGUAUAUUUAAACUUUUUGUGUAAACGUCCAUAAAAUAUACAAAUUUACUGAUUGACUUUCCAGAUUUAUAUUCACAGUUGUUUAUCACUUACACGAUGUAACUUCAGUUCAAAGGAUUCAUAAAACUGCAUCAUACUGUUCAACAGAGAGAGCUGGUGGUCUUUGUUUAUUAUAGUUUUCUGUAUGCUGACAUUUGGGUCAAAUGAAGCUUCAUGUUUAGUUUGAAGGAUUCGGAUAUCAGUAUUUUCUGCACUAAGUGUAUCACUUGUGUUCUCAUUUGAAAGCAUAUAGCUUGUGUUGCAUUGGCUUUGACCUGUACAAAUAUUCAGUAUAUGAGAAGUGUGUCUAUGAAUUUCACACACAGCAGAGCAAUCCUAAAGCACCUUAAACACAAUUGUAUAUUUUCUUUAAAGCUGAAGUGUGUAAUUUUACAACUUUUUGACGCUUAAAAUUGUAAGUAAGCCAUUUGCACGUUUUUUCCUAAAAGCUUACAUUUUGUUACUUUGUGGCGUUAUCAAAACUUUGCUCUGUUUGUUUGAGCAGCCUGAUUUUAGCUCAACCAAUGGCAUAAAGGUUGGACUGUUUUUCUGGCCAUUAAAAACUUGAUUAAUAAACAGUCAUUUUUAGUUGAGUUACAAUAGCAUAAAAUUGCACACUUCACCUUUUUUGUUACACUAUUUGCUUUUUCUAGCUCCACUGCUGUGUUUGUUGACAAAACUUUGUGUCAUUUUUUUGUAUUUUACUGUACAUGAAUUUCACAUACAGUACAUUAUAAAGUCCUUCCUUUCA